GGUUGUUUCUUAACUCAGCUUUUGUCAGUUGUCCAAAUUUGCAUAUGAGACAGUACUUUCUGUAUUCCUCAGCGCCAAAUUGAAGAGUUGUACGGGCAUCUGACAUAGAAUCAAAAUUUGUUUAACAGUCGACUGUCCGCUGCUCCGGUGAACACUUUCUCCUUCAGUGAUGUAGAUUUCUAAUACUUUAGUAUUCCUGAAACUCCAACAGCACGCGGAUCAACAGCUAUGAUCAAACUUGAUCUUUCGCCUGGGUUCGGCUACCUACCUGUAUUCUGGGCGCUUUUUACAUCAUUUACCUUCCUGCUAUGUUACACUAUCGCCGUCUCGCUGAAUCACAUCUAUCCAUUCGUUCCCGCCAUCAGCGAUACAGGUGCACGGAUUCCAGAAGCAAAUCUGUUCUCGGAGUUCUUCAAUUUCUCCGCGCUUCUUCUGGCUGUGAGUGUGUUUGUUCGUUACCUUCAAUUCCAAAUGCUGACCAAGGGCUUUGAAUCGUCGGAUCUUCGUCUUAGCCGGUUGAACAAGUUUGGUUUGGGCUUCGGACUUGUCAGCGCGUUUGGAGGAACGAUUAUCGCUAAUUUUCCAUCGAACGAGGUGAGUCCAUUUUUCGGUGUACUUAGGCACGUGAAACUAAUAAUUAUUUUGAAUUUAGGUUUAAAAAUGUCUUCUACAUUCAUGCGACUGUGAUGCGACACUUAAUGUUGUGAUCGUCAAUAAAGUCAUUCUGUAUAUACUGUUGAGGAUUUGAAAAUACUGGACGAGACCACACGGGGAAAAAUAUCGCUGCCCAUAUCUCUGUAUUAUUAAAUUGCACGUUUUGUGCGUACUGAUUAAGAAAGUACACAAGAUCAUGAUACUUUCUACGACAGUUCUGAAAUAGCAAUGUCAGUAGAUUCGGUGUCAAAUUGUCUUAAUUUAUGCAGGUCAGGUUUCGUUUGUUCACCUGUCUCAUUGACAAAUAGCCUGCCCACUGAUUCAAAAUUGUGAAAAAUAAAAUGAGGUUUGUAUCACCAUUUUCUCUCGUCAUCGCAGCCAGCGCGGUUUAUUUACACUAACACAACCUGGAUUCAUCGUUGUGUAAUUUAUUUUCUGUAUGUUACAGAAGCGUUUUUUGGCCAAUUGGGAAUACUAACUCCUGUUUUCUCUUGGGAACAAUUGGCUUGCGAAUUGGUCUCCCAAGCAAUUCACUGAAGUUCCAUCUAUUGAUUCAUUUUAUCACAAAUCUUAACGUUCAUAUAAAAGUAGAGUAGAAACUACUUUUUCAAAAAGAAUAUAGCUGAAAUCACCUGGCAACUAGAGGAUUUCCUACCACAAUAUUCAAAUUUUUUACCUACAAAUUGUGGGCGUUUAUUCUUUCGAAGCCUUCCAUUUUUUUCAUCAUGAUUCCAUUUAACACCCAAAUUUUUGAUUUUUAAUGAUCACUAAUGGUUACCUAGAAAAUGUCAUUAUUUCAAGUUUCUAUUAUCAAACGAUAGCCAUUCGUUAUCUCAUGAAUCGAAACUUCCUAAUAAAAACAAAUGAGGCUAGGGAAUUUGAAUUAAAAUUUCACUGUCGGCUUUAAAAACAGCAACCUGUGAGAAUUUGUAUUAAUGGAAAGUACUUUCUUCCGUCUACUGAAAUAUUCAAAUUAUCGGUUUACGUCUGCGCAGUUCAAGUUCGAAAUAAAAUUGGAAAAAAAAUCGUAUCAAAAAUGUUAUUCUUUAAUCAUCCUUGGGCUUUCGUUGGCGUGGACGGAUACUUAAGAUGUAUAAUUAUCGUUUGUUUAAAAAUGCAUGAAUGAAAAUGUAUAACAUAUUAUUACGAUAUCCUCUCUUAUAAAUUUGUUCCAUAGCAUUUGAUCGGUUUGCCGAUAUAUUUUUUCGAGAAAAAAAAGCAAGAACGAUUUAGAAAGCAUACAACUUAAACCAUGGUUGCACAAAAUGGGUUUCUUUUCGGAUUUUGCUGAUUCAAAUAUUUUUUCUGUACUCGUCAUCAUAUGAAGCAAGAUUUGUUUUGCAGUUUCCAUUACCUAUAGGAUGAAAUUACAAGAAGAAUCUUAUGAAGGACAUCUCUCUUUAAAUAACCAAUAAUCAGGUUAAAAUAUAUAUUUUAUUGAAUUUUUCGAAAUUUUGUGAUAGUCCGAAAAAGUGGCUGGACAAAACACGCUGAUGGCUCUUCUUCAGGCGUUAAAAGCUUUUCAAUUGUCUGACAUGAAUAAACCAGGAAUUCUAGUCGAGAUGAUAAAAUUGUUGAUGACGACUUAACAAAACACGUGGACAUCAGCCAGCAAACAAUAUUGAACAAACAGCUCCCGUAACCCUUAACUCCCGCUAGUGAUUAACAAGUAUUUUCUCCUCAUAAUAUCCUUAAACACUCCAGCAAACAGGUAAUCAUGAGAACGCUCAAACUUAUCAGGUUGAAGUUGUUACCUUGAUCGAACACCAAAUUCUCAUCACUAGUUUACAAGGGAAUUUGUAGCAGCUAGAGGAGAGAAUUAACGAUGAGAUCUUGUGAGUUUAAGUGAGUGACUAUAAACCAAAGCGCGAGUCUGUCGCGACUGAAAGGAUUUUUUUCGAGCUACUAACUAAAGGAAAAGCGCCGUCACCCAAUCUAAGUUUCCUGAGAUUACGAACACGUGCCAUUAUUAAUGGCCUUUUUUAACCGUGGAACUUUGUCUUACGAAAAUGCUAAUUUUCCCUACAAAUUUAAAGUUGAAACCCGCGGUUGCUCAUUUUUACGUCAUAUUGUACACUCUCUUCAGUCCCUGCUUGAUCAAAAGGGCGGAGAGUCCAUUGGUGUAAAACUAGCCACCAAUUCUCUCCCUUCCCGCUUCAAGGUGAAGUAAUUUUGACGAUAGACCCCCAAUGAAUCUUUAAAAAAAUGUUACAAAAUUAUUAAAUUAUCACUUAAAUUAUCGUUUGUCCUUCAUUCCCCCGCUUGCUCGAAGGGUGGAUAAUGCUAUCCACUGCCAGGAUAAAUCUCAUAUCCGGUGGAUAGUGCAGCACGUUUUGUUAACAGUUAUCCGCUGGAUAGCGAUUUAUCCACCCUUUGAGGAACUGGGUCUCGGUCGACAUUUUGCUUGCAUAGAACUGAAAUGGAUAGCCGUUUAUUAUUAUGUGAUGUGCGACUUCGAUUAAAACCUCUGCUCUUUAAUUGACAGGAGGACUCGAUGAUUUACGUUCACGACACCGGUGCAGUUUUGUUGUUUGCUGGCGGAGCAGUCUACUGUUGGAUUCAGACAUGUCUUACUUAUAAGCUUUCCCAGAUAGGAAUUAACACCCAAUUCCUCUUCACGAUCCGCUUCAUCCUUUCCUGCAUCAUCACAGUGUUUGGUUCGCUCUUCUUCUUAGCGGAGAUAUUUGCCUACGAGGAGUUUCGUCAACAGUCCGAACACGUUGUGGCGAACUGGCAACCCUCGGAUCCAGGCUACAGUGUGCACGUGCUCAGUAAUAUAAGCGAGUGGAUUGCAGCACUCUGUUUUGGUCUGUUUGGAAUGACAUUUUUCGAGGAAUUCCAAAAGAUAAGCUUCCACAUUGAGUGCACGCCAAAGUGCGAAGAGCCCCGACAAAGCAGUCCUUUAAUGGAUUAUACCAAUAUGAGCGAGGAGGAAUGAUGAUUUGAUGACUGACCAGUAAUGAUAAAACUAGGGGAGAUCAAUUAUCGAAAUUUUUUGAUGUGAAUGCGUUUUUCCAGAAUUUAUGAUGAAAAUUUAAUUUAUUUUAAAAUUAUUUAUUUAUUUCAACAAUUAAUGGAUCAAAAAUUGUAAAAUAAUGAUAUACAUCUACAUACUAUGAUGUGAAGAAUUCUUCUUAAGAUGUUGGUAUAUGACUUUGAAUCUCGACAUGAUAUGGUUGUUUAAAGGGUGAAAUGGUAGUCGGGUUAAAGAACAAGAGGGGGGUGGGGAAAUUAUAAAAUUUUGCAACCCGGGAUAUAUGAGUUGUUCCAGAUUCUUUUCAGGAACUUCUGUUAACGCAAUACUAAGAUAAAAUAACAGGAUUUAAAAAACACUUCAUUGCUUCCACUUUAAGUUGAAUAAUUGCGAUAGGUGAAUCAGUCAUUUCAAUUCGUACUCUUACAGACCGUAAUGUAAUUGAGUGACCCUCUAUUUUCUAUUUUUAGCAAUUCUUAUUUAUCUGUUUCUCUAUAAAGAAAGGGGAUGAAUUUCUAAAGAAACUGUGGUGCUGCGUCGGUGGGAGAGUAAAGCAGGUACUUAGUGUUAACAACUGAGUUGAAACGUAAAUUGGCCACCGUAAAGAGUAAAAAAGCUGACGUUUCAAGCGUUAGCCCUUCGUCAAUCUCUCAGUUGUUAACACUAAAUUACCUGCUAUUCUCUAUAAAGGGUCUGACAGUCAAGUAUAAAAAACCGGUUUAUUUUUGCUAAAAUGUAUGCUCAUUGAUUUUCAACUAGCUAUAAAAUUUUUUUUCACUUUUCAUUGUAACUUAUUCAGAAAAUACUUAGCCUGUAUCAAACGUUUUGCACUGUCAAAUGUUUUCCUUGCACAGUUACUGAUGUAAGUCGCUUCGGACACUGUAUUGAAGUUUCCUCUAGGCUGUAUGUGCCUGCAAAAAUGCAUUAAAAAAGCAUCAACUAGGAC